UAUUUCUGUAUUAAGUGGAGUUUCCUUUGUUUAGGUAAAAAAUAAAUUAACCAGCCAACAAUGACAUGAUUAAAGUUUCGAUUAAGCAUUAAGGAAGAAAUUCAUUAUUUAACCCAUUCAAAAGUUGUCACAUAUUAACAGGAAGUAUUUACGAAUCCAAAUAUAGUUGAAUAAUUGAUACGAUCGUUAAUAGUGCAUAUCAGUAUUAACACUGCCUAUAUAUGUCUAUUGGAAAACUGUUUUAAGUCAAUACCACCAUUUAAAGAAAACAUCAAAGUUAAUAUCAGAAAUGACUCCUUUCAAAAGACUGUUCAGAGCUAUUUUUGUGCUGCCAUUUUCUGCUGGAGACCCAAAGAAUCAGUACCUAAAUGGAGUAGUCACUCAUGAUGGAAGUGUGUCUGGUGUAGUGUUUCUUGUUAGUGUAGUUGUUAUUCUUUGUGAAAUAUUAUUAAUUGGAUCAUUUGGUACAGAGCAGGAUUCUACUUUUCUAUUUGUACUAACGAUGGAAGUUACCUCUGGCCUUGCUAUAUUGAUUUGCAUAAUUCUGUUAAUUUAUGCAUCAUUGAAACCAGAUAUACUAGAGGUAAACGAUUGCUGGGAUGUUAGUAACAACAUUAUGAUGAGGUUUCUGUGGCUGUUUACUUUAGCUUGUUUGUCAUACAGUUGUAUUUUCAUUGCAUACCAUGUUGACUGUCUUAUAAAUAACUAUCCAAUCGACGAUAUCCAAAAUCGUAUUCUUUGCGACGUUUUUUUAUUCACUUACAGAUUAGUCCAAACAGGAUUUUUAACAUACUUUUCACAAAGAGUGUUUGUGAGUAAACUCAGAUUUUAUUACGGAUUACUUGUCUUAUUUUUAAUUAACAUAACAGUAAUUGUCAUAGACUUUGCGCACUCGGUCCGUGACGUCAAAGACUUUACCAUAAAUGCAACACAAAUUGCAAAACCAAAUACAUGUGCAAGCAAUUCCUCUAUUAGUUCAAUCUUGCGUAAGGUAGAAGAUUUCUUGGAACCCGCUGGACUUGAAUAUUCUCUAUUGACUAUUUUAUUCAUAACACAACUAUGGCCGAAGAAGAAAACAAUUUCUAAAAACAGCAAUCCACCGUCUUACAUUCGAGAUAGUGUAAAUGCUGGGGAAUAUGAACCGUUAGUCUGUAGAAAUGAGAACGAAUCCAUUUAUGAUCAAAUUCCAAAAAAUACGAAUUCCGAAAAUCAUAAACGGAGGACUUGGAUAUUUGCAAAUAUUGCGUUUCCCGUUCUUAUUUCAAUACCAAGCACUAUUUAUCUGAUUCUGAAAAUCAACGCUUCAAAAGAUGAAUCAAUAGAAAACGGAUUAAACAUCUUUAACGGAUUUCAAGUGACAAUACUUUUGUUUGUUUUAGUCAAAUGUUUUUACUUACUCCAGUCGGAAUGCAAACCGACCAAAGAGGAAAGCCAUUUUACAUCUAAAGACUAUCUUAUUCUUGUCAGUUUUGUUGGAUCGUUAAGUUUAUAUACAAUGAGAUUAAUUCCAUACAUAUUACUCGUACAUACAGAUACUCAAAAUCCAGCUAAAACAUAUACUUAUGUUAUCACGAUUAUGGGUAUUUAUUUUCAAACUGUUUUCCUAUUCCAAAUGAAAAACUAUGGAAAGGGGGAAAUCCAGUCAUCGUGGAUAUCAAUAGAGUAUACUUGCCUGUUUAUGUCCGUAGUCAACUUUAUGAUCUGGGCAGAGGAUUCAUUUAUAGCCGCCCAGUGGGUUUUUGCAAAUGACGCGCCUACCAUUUUCUAUGGUAAAAUGGUAUGGGUAACAUAUUUUACUUUGCUUUUCCCUUUUGUUAUUUUUUACCGAUUUAAAUGUUUCGUGGCAUUUUAUGGCUUGUAUCACAGACUGUCAAACUAAGAGUUAAAAUUAAAUUAAAGUACCAAGUGUUAUUACAUUAAAUGUAAUUGUUGAUAUGAAUUAUUGCAAUAAUACAAACUGAGGUAAUCUUUAUCCGCACUAUGGAUAUCCGAUGGUCGCCGCCAGAACCUCCAUUUUAUAAAACUUUUAAUAUACGGAUAAACGAUCCUAAAAAAUAAAUAUUAUUGCACAAAAGUACGAUGAAAGGUAAUAUUUUGCUCUUAUAUUGCAAAACACGCAGUAAGAUAAGUCAAUCCUUUCAAAGCUGUGCCUAUGUGAUUGAUUACACUUUAGAUGAGUUAACAUUAGUGUGGUGCAUUUUUGUAUGUGACUGUGACUUCAUCAUCAUUUCAUAAUUAAUAAACAUAUUUGAAUGAAA